UGGGACUACAAUUCCCAUGAGGCCAUGCGACAAUCGGCGCAUGCGCGGGUGUGCGCUUAUUGUGUGAGUGGGGAGUAUUGAAGAGAAGAUGCGCAGGGUUAGUAGUCGUAUAAGUGGUGAUGAUGACGUUGAGCCAGAGGAGCUGGAGACAGAAGGAGAGAGGCAAUUGCAAAACCUCUUGAAGCACCAGUUAGACACAACCGUAACACUUGAAGAAUGCAUUGCUAAGAAAAAAUGCUUUGCCCCAAGUUCUUUGUACAAGCCAUUUGGGGAGCAGGCAGCAGGAGUACUCAGUCUGUCACAGUUUCAGACUCUGCAAGAUGGAGAAGGGGAGGUUGCUGCCCUGAGAGAACUUGGACUUACUGACAGGGAGAUCCAGCUCUGGCAAGAUAGGGAAUCUCUAGUUAAGUUCUCAGGGCUUGGAGCAGAUCCAGCAGCAGUGCAACAAAGACUCCGAGCCAUUGAAGAGAAAAUUGAGGAGCGGCAACAACUUAUGUCAUUGCCACAGAGAUUUGCAGGAAGCAAACAGCUGAACAGGAGAGAGAUGGAAAUUGAAAAAGCAAUGUUCCAGGGAACUGACCGUUUCACGUUUUUGAAAGCUCUGUAUUACCAAGAUGAAAAGUCUGUAAAAGACCAGAAUGACCCUAUUAAUCAAUUAGAAAUGAUGUUAUCAAAGUUUAAAAAUGACUCAGCCGGAAUGGGAGACACUCCAAAAACCAGACAAGAGUCGUCUUCGGAGAUGCUCGCUACAGCAACAAGUAAAGAGGGUACCUUUAAGGAAAUGACUGGUCUAUGUUUUCAAACACAAAGUCAGUUCAAUGCUGCUGAUCAUUAUGAAAAUCAGAGCUCCAAAGGGCAUUCAGUGAAUGUUCCUAUUAGAACCCUACCCAGCACUGGUACUCAUGGUCCUCAGAAAAUUACCCAGCAAGUCAAAGCUGUCCCCAAAGAAGAAAUCUGGAAGAACAAGCUGUCUGAGGAGGAAAUUAAAAUGAUUCCAAGAUUUUCAAAUUAUAAUCCUGGACAACCAAGCAGGGUCCUAUACUUGAAGAACCUUAAUCCAAAAGCUACUCUGGAGGAUCUAUUUUCCUUAUUCGUUUCUUUCCAACAAAAAGAUGGUCCUCAGCUGAUUUUCCGAUUGUUGACAGGCCGAAUGAAGGGACAAGCAUUCAUCACCUUCCCAAAUGUGGAGAUGUCAACAGAAGCACUGAACACAGUGAAUGGCUACAAUCUGUUGGGCAAGCCAAUAAUAAUAGAGUAUGGACAGAACCGAUUGGACCACUGACUUGUAUUUGCAGAAGGAGGCUGAUGGAUGGAGUUUCAGCAUAAUAGGCCUGAUGAUCCCAAGGAUCACAGGCAUAUUGGGAAGUCUUGACAUUUAAUCUGUCCAACCAUAUAUAGUGGAUACAUUUUCAACUCUGAACCAAGAAUCAUUACAUUAAUGUGGGGAAACAACCUCAUCUGUGUAUAAUGUGUACAAUCACUUGUGUUUCUUUUAAAAAACAUUUUUGUGCUUUCUGGUAUUAAAUGCACCAAAUGAUGUAAUAUACUGAACCAUAUCGAAUGAGGAAAUUCACAGGUUUAUUCCCUAAUAUUCAGCCUUGUGUGUGGAGGUUGCAUCUAGAGUACUGCAACUGCAACUUAUAACAUCAUUAUUUUUCUGGCAAUGAGAGAAUAGUAAUCUUGUGUUUCGGACUCCUUAUCUAUUACUCUUUGCCUCCUGUACUGAAGCAUUUCAGUUAAGGAUCACUAUUACUGAAAAAUCUAGCAACAUUGACGUUCUUGGCUGAUAAAUGACAAAUGGCUUCAAUGCAAGGUGUCAUUAGCUGUUUACAGUCAAAACCAGGCAUUGCUUCAAGAAAGGAGGGGAAUAAAACAAGCAUUUUUUUUUAAGGAAGGAUACAUCGCUAUACUAACACAACUUGGUUCACAUAAUGAACUGUAGUUUGUGUACCCUGCAUUAAAUCUAAUUUUCUCAUGCAUAACUUAGUAGCACUGGGAAAUGCUUUAACAAUUUUUAUUUUAAACUGUCCUAAAUUAACUUAAUGCCACUGCAGGCAUGUAUAUUUAGGAAAAUCUUGUAAAUUAUAGUUGUGUUCACGAAUGAGAUCAGGAAAGUAGAAUUGUAACCAAACAAGGUGAUCUUUCUUACUAAAUUAGAAUACAGAAUUAGGAAUUGUGCUUGUGAUUUUGAAAUGGUUGCAAAUUUUGUCACACAUUGAGACAGUUAUUUGAAAGGGCAUGGUUCUGCCUUGAGAGCAAAAUUGAACUGACAGGACCAUUUUUAAGCAGUUAUGUGCUUUCUCAUUUGUCAGUCUAGGCAAUGAUCCAAAGAGAUGAUAAGCUGAUUUUCCAGAAGAUUCAUGGACUUUGGUUUUGAGUAGCUAAGGGGUGUGAAAAUAAAUGUUUUGAAAGAAACAAAUUUAAAAUUC